AUGGCCUCUUCAUCUGGACUUGGGACAAAAAAGAAAUCUUCCAGUACUGAAACGAAAGAACACUCUGAUGAGGAUGUGAGCUACGCGCUUUAUAUUGCAUGCCGUAAUGGCGAUCUGUAUGCUGUUCGACAACAUCUUUCACGCUUUCCUAAUACGGAUCCUAAUGAACAUUUACCUAACGGAAGUACUGCUCUUCAUGUAGCUUCGUAUUACGGCCAUACUCCAGUCGUUCACCUAAUACUCCAACAGUGUUCUGUCAAUUACCUCACAAGAAAUCAAUACGGAUUAACAGCGUACGAAGAGGCGUACAACAUGGAAAUUCGUGAAAUGUUACGUUCAGCUCAAGAUGAAACAGUCAAACGGCAGCAAUGGCCCGUACUGCUUGAACUAAACAAUAAGCCUCAGACAAGGACAAGAAAUAGCCUCGUCGAACUGUUUGAUCUGCUAACAGCUACUUGUUUCACACUUGCUGACGCUGUCGAAACUCACGAUCUUAAUCAUCGUAAAUGGCUUAUUAUUGAUGCAGAACAUGUAGAAAAUGAUGAGAUUAUAAGAUUUUUAAAAAAUCUUUCGUCUGUUCAUUCAUGUCUACCUGCGAUUUAUAUUCUGGCAGGGAGCUCGUCAAAAGAUUUUCUCUUAUCUUUGAACGUUUUCUCGAGUGUGCAAGGUGUAUUUGACAACAAAGAAGCUCUUGUCGUUCGAUGGGCAUUGGAUUCAGCUUUGGAACACCGAAAAAUCGGACAACAGCUUCUUGACUGUAGCGAUGCGAAAAGAGCUCACAUCAGUUUCAACGAAAGUCUUGCCCUGUAUCAGCGAUUGGCUGGCAUCGUUAAUUCGCAACACAUAAUGAAUUAA